AUGACGGGGGAGGAAGAUGGUGACGUCCGCCUCGAGGCUAUACCUGCAGUAGAUGCUCUUCUUGAGCCGGACGAGAUGUCCCUUGAAGAGUUCGGCAGUGCCUUGAAAACAGGCGAUUUGGCCGAAGUGGUCGUUGUACGACCGGACGAGGAGAUAAUCUCGUCAUCGCUUCCGGAUGAAGCUGUCUUGGAAGAAACCAAGAGAGUGCUGAACGCACGAAGUGGAUCGUCAAUCCUACGGAAUCCUUUGGAUCCGUACAAACCUUUGGCUGAUGGUAUUGCUAAGGAUUUGCGUUUCUACCUUGGGGAGGACUGGAAUUUCACGAACCAGCCAACUCAAGCUGUGCACGACUAUAUCAAACACUUGAAAGAGCUUAAAGAAAAAAACCCAGUCCUGGUGCUACCAUAUUGCUACCACAUGUACAUGGCCAUGCUUGCAGGUGGCAUGAUGAUUAAGAAAUUAUCAAUUCACAACGCGGCAAUGGGCGCUUUAGCCUCGCUGCCAACAUCUGCAGACCCUAUCUUUUACAACCAUCACGCAACUGUGGACUUAAUUCAUCAACUGUACUUUGACUGCCAGAUUGGUAGAACCCUGACAGACGUGGAGAAGCAAACUGGAGAAUAUGCCUUUCAAACUUGUACUCAAGCUAACUAUACUGGGGUGUCCCCUGUGUCGACGUCAACGAUGACAAUGUAUUGGAAUGCAGUUGGCCAAACCCGAAUUUCUGUAGAGAACCACCCUCGUCUUGGUCGGUACUUUGCGUAUCAGCCAAAAGAGUACUGGCGUUAUGUCAGUGCGAGCGACUUGGGCAGUUUAUCCUAUUCAUACGCUGCAGAUGAUCUAUUCGCUUUACUUAAACUUCAAGGUUUGGCGUGUCCUAAGAGCCACAUAAGGAAACUGUAUGAGCUCAACUAUGUAGAUGUGCCAGUCUCCGCUGACAAGAAAAGCAAAGCUAUCGGACGCAACUUCAAUUUGUUCCAGGACAUUUAUGAAGCUGCAUUAAUAAACGCUAGCACUCACGCUGAAGCAAUUGAUCAGAGUGAGACAUUGGAUUGCCUCUAUUAUGACGAAAACUACGGUGUAGAUGACUUCAAGCCUGAGUUUCGUGCAAAUUGGAACCUUGCCAGCACUGCGCACACUCUUUGCUCUAAUCGUGUUCGUGAAGUGAAGGCUGGUUCAAAACAGGUCAACGUUCGACGCUGGAAGGAGAAAUAUCAAUUUCACUACUUUAAGAUGACAGAUGAUCAGCUAGCGAGUGCAUCGGAAAUCACAUCAACAGAUGAAGCAGCGAUUAUUGAUACCAGCUUUAACUCUUCGACAGAGUCAACUCCGAUUACUACGACGUCGAGCAUGUAG